CGGAGAGAGAGAGUCUGCGGCCGGCGGUUAGGUGAGCGCGAGAGCGGUCGGAGUGUCUCCUGCUGGGGCGGAUCAACCCCCCUCGUACCGCAUUUGAAAAAGAGGAUACAUGAUCAGUGAAGAGCUUCAACAGCAGAUUGCUUCAGAAGAUCAUUGUUUUUUCCCUGCGUGGCAAGCUGCCUUCAGAUAAUGUACAAUGGGACUACAAAUUCAUUUUGUGAUUGACCCGCAGGGGUGGUGCUGCAUGGGCAUGAUUAUCUUCGUCUGGCUUUACAACACACUCUUUAUUCCCCAAAUUAUCCUCUUUCCUCACUAUGAAGAGGGACAUACUUCAGCUGCAGCGAUAUUGUGCUACUACUUAGUCUCAUUGUUUUGUAUAGUUUCGUUAUUGAGAGCCUCCAUAGCUGAUCCAGGAAAACUACCUGAAAGGCCAAAGAUACCACUCACAGAACGAGAAUUUUGGGAACUAUGUAAUAAAUGUAAUAUGAUGAGACCAAAGCGAUCCCAUCACUGCAGUCGCUGUGGACACUGUGUUAGAAGGAUGGAUCACCACUGUCCGUGGAUUAACAAUUGUGUUGGUGAAGACAAUCAUUGGCUGUUUCUGCAGCUAUGUUUCUACACUCAGCUUCUUAGUUCCUAUACAUUGAUACUUGAUUUCUGCCACUACUAUUAUUUUCUACCUCUGAAAAAAGUUAACUGGGAUCUCUUUGUAUUUAGACAUGAACUUGCCUUGCUAAGGAUAUCUACCUUCAUGGGCAUAAUAAUGUUAGGUGGAAUAAGUGGACUCUUUUACACUCAGCUAAUGGGUAUUUUCACUGAUACAACAAGUAUAGAAAAAAUGUCAAACUGUUGUGAAGAAAUAUCGAGGCCCCGAAAGCCAUGGCAGCAGACCUUCUCAGAAGUUUUUGGCACUCGCUGGAAGAUCCUGUGGUUUAUUCCUUUCAGGCAGAGGCAACCACUGCGAAUUCCCUACCACUUUGCCAAUCAUGUCUAAACAGAUGGAUGGUGGGCACAGAUGGGUCCUCCAUGCUGGAAGUGUGUAACAGGUUUUAUGAUAAUAGAACUAUGACAGUCUUCAAGUCAAUUAAAAUCCACCCACCAAUCUUAGACAUCAUAAUGUGCCCCAGGCUUUAUUUUAAUAGUGAUCUUGAUUCUGUUGUGGGAUUAGUACUAGUGCUAAGUUUAAGUUUAAGGCAUAUUUACUUUCAAAUUAGUUUUCCAGAGGGAAUUCUUGUGUGUUUGAGGUUAAUAACAAAAACAUAAAUGAUUGAGAUACAAUGUUACCCAAUUUUGUUUUGAUACUGGAUAUUUUGAUUUUUUUUUUUAAGGAAACACUGAAGUUUACAUAGAUUAAUAGAUUUCAAACAAAGUGUCUCAUUUUGCAUUUAAUUUUUUAGUAUUUUUUAUCAAUAGAUUUAUCUAGAUUAUGUAAAGGUCUUUUUCUGCUAAUUGUGUUUAAAAUUCUCUAAUGUCUUCUUUUAUUUAUGAUGCAUGAUAUUAAUCAUGCAGUACAGCACUUGGAAAAAGGUGGUAUUUUAACAGAAGCAGACUUUUUCCUAAACUUUUUCCAGAAGUUUUUUUAAUAUAUAAAGGGAGAUCUUAUAUCUUAUAUUCUCACUUUUGUAAAAAUGUAGUCUUAAUACAAGUAAGUUAUUGUCCCUGUGUCAGUAAAAGCUAUGAGAGCAAACACCCUAGGGCAAACUAUGCAGAUAUAAAGCAUGUUUUUCCCUUUUCUCCACAUAGAUUUCCUUGUAACUUGCAAUAAUUCCACAUAUAAUCGAUAUGGUACGAAUAUUAGAGUACAUACAUUUUAAAAAUGCAGGUUUAAUCAGUCAAUAUAAGGUAUCAUGUAUGAAUAUACAAAGUAGUGUGUGGUCACUAAAGUUAUACUUAACAUUUUGUUUUGGUUAGUCACAACUAGAAUUAGGAUUACUUUUCAGGUGUUUAUGUAUAAUGGGCAAUGUGUAUGGAAUAUACUUUUUUAGUAUUUUAUUUAUAUGUAAAUAUUGAUGUUAUAGACAAGCAUUAAUUUCUAUGUAAACAGGGUAAUUGAACUGCACUAACUUCCUCUUGUGUAUUGUGUGGACAGGAGACCAGUUUGCUCUUUUUCUGGGAUAGGAGGGUUGCUUCUUAUUAGAAGUAGUUAACAAGAAAUGUUAACCUUAAGAUUAGAGCUGGUCAAAUAGUAAACUGAUUCACAAAUAGAAGCAUUGCCUUUGUUUUGCUAUGAUUUAGAGCAUUGUGUUAUUUGUUAUUCAUGUAUGUCUCAGCAAUUGUCAGGUAUUUGGGAAUCUUGAAAGUUUCAUGAAUUUUCACAAGGAUAAAAUUCAUAGUUUGUAUUUGCUCACUAUUCUGCCUAAAAAGUUGAUCAUCCAGACUAAGAGCAGAAACAACAGCAUGCAUAUUAGGUGACUACCAUUCAAAUUGAAUAACAAAUAGUGAAUAGUGACAGCAAACAUAAGCUGAAAAUUAUUUAUCUCAGGCUAUUUAGGAUUUCUAGCAUUCUGAGAGAAAGUUCCUUUCACUCUCUCUUUCACUGUUAGUUUCUUUAUGGGACAGUCUUAUGGCUGAUGUUUAAACCAAAGUUCAAAAUGACCAAGAGGUGAUGAAAAUGAUGAUGUGACCUUUGAAAUUUACAAAUGGGCACUGUAUAAAGUAACUGCUGCAUCUCCUUUAAGAAAAAGGAAGUCACCCGUUGUAUCCUCUGUGACACUCUGGAUGGAAAUUAAGUCGUUUUCAUUCUGCUUAAACGUGUUUUGCAAAACACAUUAUAUAAAUAUAGCAUUGGGAUUUUUUUUUUUUUUACUUGAUACUGAAUUAGUGUAGUUUGCAGGUUGUAUCAUUUAAAUCACUCUUUCUCAUCUACCAGUCUGUAAAAUGGCACCAGUCCCUGAAAUCUGCCUGAUACAGUUUAGGAAGGCAGCAAGCUGGUCCCUGGUAUCAAAAAGCUUGAGAAACCCUGAUUUAAAGCACUGAAGCCUUUGACUAAAGAGAAGAGCAACAAGUUUAAAUGUCCUUGACUCACUCAUUGUGGGAUGUACAUUUAUUCUUUCUGUGUUUCUUACAUCUUCCUUUCAGUUACUUAACUUUGGGGAAAACACAUUUGCAAUACAUAAAUUUUUGCAGUAUUGGACCAUGAAUUGUAAACAGUGCAUUUAAAUUUGGUAAACUGUACCUAUACAAGAAAGGAUGGGAGCAUGAAAUCUUUGCUAUUUUUUAUCUCUGUAAUUAGUCUAAAUCUAAUAUUCUAUAAAUAUAUUCCAAAUAAGAGGAAAUAAGUAGAUUGUGACCUUAUCCUAAAAUGACACGGAUCUUGAGUUAAACAUAAACAAAGUCUGAAUGUAUAUAGUGUAAAUUGUACAUAUGUAUACACACAUGCAUAUCUGCAGUUUACAAGAUGUCCAAUUUGGUUGAUUAGCAGGUGUUUUUACCUAGUAUGAUUUAGGACUCUGGCCUGUUGGGCUUGUGGUGAAGUUGACACAUACUGAAGUCUUAGGGAGAGCCUUUCAUCUCUUGUUCCCCAAGUGCCCUCUUUUGGCCAAGUCAUGCAAUGACAUCAUCUCUUCUCCAAUACAAGAGCUAAUGUCCCUGCGGUUAUGAUUCAUAGAUUGCUGAGGCCUCAUACUCAGACAAUGGUGAUUUGGAGCCAUAACUGUUGGGGAGAAUGGAAAAAAUACACCCAAAGUACAUGGUUUGCAGGAAUCUAUAUUCUUGCGACUCGAGCAUAUAUCCCAGAUACAAAAGCACUGUUAUUGUCUUGCCUCAGAUAAAAGUGAAACAUGUCAGACCUCUUGCAAAUCCUCAGAAUAGGUCUGUGGUUUAUAUAACUCUACUCUUUUUGUCAAGUGAGGCAAAAUAUAGAUUGCAUAACCCAAUACUGACUUUCCUUUUGAGCAAUGUGUUGUACAUUAAAGUUCAAAAAUAAAGCAUCAGAGUUACUGUUGCUGAAAUACCAGAUACUCAUUCUCAUGUUUCGUGAUACACUCUUAAAUUUUGUCUGUAUGACUGUUAUGUGAGAAUGGUAAUACCAAAGUGCAGAGGUUCUCCAAUUUUUUCAGUGAUGGACUUUCUUUUAGACCUCUCCCUUUUCAGCCUCUGAAUCCCAUUCCCACACCUUGCCCACAGCAACUAUAAUGUUCAGUUAUACAGAAUGAUAUUAGAACAGUAAUGAGUGAUCUGCUUCAUUUUAUACCCCAUUUUGCACUUCUGCUGUUUAUUUCUAUAAAAUCUUCAAAUUUUGGGGGUCCCAAUUUGAGACCUCUUUAAGGGGCUUGAUUUUCAGAAAGUGCUGAGUAGCCAUCUUUUGAAAAUCAGGCCUCUUUAAUGUGUCUGAAGUUAGGCACCCAAAAUCACUUGUGAUUUUUGAAAAAUUAGGGGAAGAGCAUUCUCAUAUUAUUCACUUAUUAAAGCAGUUGUUCUAAAAUUGUGAUCUCCAGAGCUGCUUCUGUCACAGGUAUAAAGGAUCUUCUAGCACUCGUGUUACUAACAUUUCUCCCUCUAGCUGUAGCCCUGUGUUUGGGGCUCCUGUGGCCACUGUUCAGAGGAUAUAUUUGACCACCUAAUCUUAAAAACCCAAAACAAAAAAACCCUAUUCAUAUUAUACCCCAUGUAGCUAGCUUUAUUCACUUCUAUCAACUGCCUGUUUCUUUGGUGUCAAUUCAAUCCUGAUUAAAUUUGUGGAUGAUAUCAAAAUUGGAAGAGGGACAGAACCACAUUUCAAAGUAGUCUGAAGAUAUUAGAAUGGUACUGGAUAUUAGCUGCUAUUUAUUUUCUUGCAUUUGUUCCCUUUUUGUUGUAUUGCAACUUUGGUCAGGUUUUAAUAUUAAUCUACUCUUUUACUCUUUUGUAAGGCUUGUCUACACAGGGAAGUUAAUUCAGAUUAAAGUAGGAUUUUAUUAAUUUUAUGCAGAGUAGUUAUUUGUUUCACUCCCUGUAUGAAUUAUUAAUCUAUAAUGAGUGUCCACACAGGAGGUUAAUCAGGAAUAGUGACUCCAGAAUAACUGCUCAUAUAGACAAGCUAUAAAGUUCAUAAACCUUGUGAAUACGAACAGUACUAAGGGGUUGCCUACUAAUAAGUACUUAUUUCAUUGACUGUUGUAGAUAUAUUAACUAUGAGCCAAUAAUAGCUAUAUUUACUGCAGCAUACAAAUGGAAAUCCAAGCUCUGAGAGUGCUCUGGAAACAUUUUGUUUCCUUUUCAGCAAUGGGAUGUUGUGAUGUUGUAGAAGUAUGGCAUCAGAAGGGUUAGUCGGAGUCUGAACAGUAUGGCGUUUGGAACAUUAACAUCUUUUGCCGUGAGCUAGUGGUUUCAAAUUACACUUAAAACAUCUCAACUACUAGCAUGGGCAUUUUGAAACUAAAUGGAAGAAAGAUUCCUAGUUAAAUGUUGGUCAACAGCAUAUCUUUGGUGCUGGGCAUUUAAAUGAGUAUGCCACAUCAGAAUAAUUUCUCUGUAAAUGUUAUUAAAAACAGUUCUGGCUGGCAGUGAAGUUAAGAAAUAUUCUCUUUUCACACUUGGGUAUGACAUUACUAAUCAGGUUUGCAUUUCACUGAAGAAACAGGCAGCUGAUUAGACAUGAAUAAGAAUAGCUACAAAGGAUUUAAAACGAUGGGCGCCAAUGUAAGAACAUGGAUGGACGGACAGACUUUGUAGUAGGAAAACUCCUGUGCAUCUUGGAUCUUAUAAGAGGACGAAUGGGGGAGAAAGAUUCGUAUCCAACAAAAAGAGAGUUAGGAUGGCUCCAAAAGAGUUGUUUGUUUCAGCUUUACUAAAUUGCGAACAAGAUGCAAAAGCAGGAACUAUACAAUUUAUAUGUACACUGUAUCCCUCUUUUCCAUUUAUCACCUUAUAAUACUUGACACAGGACUCUUUAAAAGCACAUCUUGUUGCCCAGUUUUAUUCAGUAAAUAUGCAAAUGAUAUUUUUCUUCAGUAAUGAGCAAAGAGUUGUUGCAGUUUGUAUUGUAGCAAACCUCUAGUUAUCUAUGUAAGGAGCCUUGAUCAUGAAGAUGGUACCUGAGCAUCAUUGCUACGGAGAAUUUGUUGUAAUAAGUCAGUGAAACAUUAGUUACGUAAAUGGCUUCACUAGUUCACAGCAAAACAUGCUUAUUUUAUGCUUAUUUUAUAAAUUGUACAUAAUCUGCCAACCUUUCUGGCAUCAAUACAACAAUAGCAGUCUUUUCUGUCAUGUUGAAGAUACAACAUAUCAUUUAACAUGUCUAUGAUUUCUAUACCCUUCAUUUUCCCCAAACUUGAUUUUAGUGCCGACCACAAAUAAUAAGAGACCACUUUAGCUUUAACUAACCAACUGUAUUACAAGACAGAGCUAACUAACAGCGUUUAUAAUUAGUCCUGAGCCCAGUUUUCCAUCUGGAUAUAACAUCCCUUUACUAAAAAGACUAAAUGUUCUGUUCCAAAUAUGGUGAGUCUUGACCUCCUGAGAAAUAAUAGUCACUUCUUCCACAUAUAUGUGGCAUAAGGGCUAUGUCUCGUGUCCCACUGAGGAUAAAUAAUAUUAAUCUGCGUUAAAAUAGCUACAAUUUAAACUAUUGCGAAAUAAACACCUAAGUGUACCUCAAUGAUAUCCAAUACUGAAAGAUACAAGAACAGUUUGAGGCAGUGUGGUCAUGAAUUGAUCCCACCUCUUGCUAAUAUAGCCUUGUUAUGUACAGUGGAAUAAUCAACUAAUUAAUUGCUUUACCAAGGCUUAUAAUAAGUUCCUGUUUCACCCAUACUUCUGCCAUUGAGAGAACAGAAAUUUUUAUUUAAUUUUCUGAGAACAAAAAUUACUGUUCUGCAUUUGUCCUUCAAACCAGUUAGUCCCAGUCUUUUUCUAUCACCAGGCCAUCACACCUUAUACUACAAUGGCUCCCAAACUUUUGUAGUAGUGACCCCUUUCACACAACAAGCCUCUGAGUGCGACCCCCCCCUUAUAAAUUAAAAACACUUUUUUUUAUAUAUUUAACACUAUUAUAAAUGCUGGAGGUGAAGCGGGGUUUGGGGUGGAGGCUGACAGCUCGCUACCCUUCAGGUGGUAACCUCACGACCCCCAGUUUGAGAACCCCUGUUAUACUACAUUCUGUAGCCAAGAGUUUGCUACUAAAAAGCAACUUGACCAAACACUCCAUCUAUCCACAAGCUCUCAGUGAAAGGUGUCUUCAUGGGUCAGACCUACAAAUAUCUCAGGGGUUGUCUCUUCAGCUCAGCCAACCAUCUCUGGUCUGGAUUUUUCUUUUCCAAAUCACUGUCAAUCACAACAGGCAGCUAUUGUGCCAUCCUCUUUAGCUUUUUCAGUGCUUCUCUUGUUGCUGCAUUCUGCUAGGCUUCAGGUCACUAUCCCCAUGUGCAUCAGGUUAGUAGUCAGGAGCCAGGAUGAUUUGAGAAGAGCACAAAAACUUACUUCACCACAUUGCCCCAAUCCUCCUGUCCCUCUACUGCCUUCAGAUUCCACGUGUGCCAAGCUGAGAGCAACAAAGUAUAGGCAUCCCCAUGGUGUCUAGUAUUCAUCAAAAGACAAUUUGGAGGUCUCCUGAAACUGUAGGGCCCAGAUCCUUGUGCGUUAGUCCACUCCUGAUUUUGGGCAGCUUUAUAUUGCUGAGUAAAUUUGCCUAAUUGAAUUGUCUGUCAGCUUUAAUGACACAUGUAAACUUUUUAUUUGGGAAGGAGGCAGCUGUGUCUAAAUACAACUCCCAUACAACACUUGAGUUUUCGAAAGUGCAAAGCACCCACAUUUCCAGUUGAAGCCAAUGGAAUCUGCAGGUGUUUGACUUCUCUGAAAAUCAAGACACCAUUGCCUUGCAGUCCUGCUCUGCAUCUAUUAUCUUUUUUAGUCACUUUUACAUUUAAACAG